UGGGUUUCAGCUAAAUGUGAAACUGAAACAUUCAUUGCGCUGGCUUUGGUAAUGGCUUGUUAUUACGACUAAUACUUUGAAAGCCACAGAUGGAUUCGUGCAUCACAGUACAUGGAUGACACAGAAGAAAAUUCCAAUGAUGGCAGCCAACCAUCCAAAAGACGGCGUAUGGGCUCAGGGGACAGUUCUCGGAGCUGUGAAACCUCUAGUCAAGACCUUGGAUAUAGUUAUUUUCCUGCUGAAAAUUUGAUAGAAUACAAAUGGCCACCAGAUGAAACAGGAGAAUACUAUAUGCUACAGGAGCAAGUCAGUGAAUAUUUGGGUGUAACUUCCUUUAAAAGAAAAUAUCCAGAUUUAGAAAGACGAGAUCUGUCUCACAAGGAGAAACUCUACCUCAGAGAACUAAAUGUUAUCACAGAGACUCAAUGCACACUAGGUCUAACAGCUUUGCGUAGUGAUGAAGUAAUUGAUCUUAUGAUUAAGGAAUACCCUGCCAAACAUGCUGAGUAUUCUGUUAUACUGCAAGAGAAAGAACGUCAGCGAAUAACAGAUCAUUAUAAAGAGUACUCUCAAAUGCAGCAGCAGAACACACAGAAAGUAGAAGCCAGUAAAGUUCCAGAAUACAUUAAAAAAGCUGCCAAGAAAGCUGCAGAAUUCAACAGCAAUUUAAACCGAGAGCGGAUGGAAGAAAGAAGAGCCUAUUUUGAUUUACAGACUCAUAUUAUCCAGGUGCCUCAAGGAAAAUACAAAAUCUUACCUACAGAGAGAACAAAGGUUAGUCCUUAUCCAGUGGCUCUCAUACCCGGCCAGUUCCAGGAGUACUACAAAAGAUACUCUCCAGAUGAACUUCGUUACUUGCCAUUAAACACAGCUCUUUAUGAACCUCCUUUGGAUCCAGAGCUGCCUGCAUUGGACAGUGAUGGAGAUUCAGAUGACGCAGAGGAAGGGCGAGGUGAUGAAAAACGGAAAACCAAAGGCAAUUCGGACAAUUCGUCUGGCAAUGUAUCUGAAGGUGAUUGCGCCACAGACAACCAGGAGGAUUCUUUUCAGGGAAGACAAAAAACAAGAGACAAAAGUGCUACUCCAAGAAAAGAUGGUUCCAAACGUUCUGUAUUACCCAAAUCAGUUCCUGGGUACAAGCCAAAGGUCAUUCCAAAUGCUAUAUGUGGAAUUUGUCUGAAGGGUAAGGACUCCAACAAGAAAGGAAAACCUGAAGCUCUUAUACAUUGCUCCCAGUGUGACAACAGUGGCCACCCUUCUUGCCUUGAUAUGACCCCGGAGCUUGUUGCUAUGAUUAAGACUUAUCCUUGGCAAUGUAUGGAGUGUAAAACGUGCAUUAUAUGUGGGCAGCCUCACCAUGAAGAAGAAAUGAUGUUCUGUGAUGUAUGUGACCGUGGUUAUCACACUUUUUGUGUGGGGCUUGACGCUAUCCCUUCAGGUCGCUGGAUUUGUGAUUGUUGUCAAAAAGACCCUCCUGUACCCAGAAGAGGAGGAAGAAGGGGGAAAAACAGCAAAGAGGGCUAAAAAACCCCAAAAAACUUGCUCUCCAAAACUUAAAUGCACAAAUUAAAGUGAUACUUUGGUGCUAUUUAAUCAACCACUUUUAGAGGAACAAUACCACUUUUUUUUUUCUUUUUACCAAAUAAACUUUUAAAUUUGUCUAUAUAAUUAUUUCUUUGUGAUACAUGUCACUAAUCAUGUCCUGUCAGAUGUUGAGACAGACAAACCAAAUUUCCACUCCAAAAGAGAAGUCUUUCAGUAAUGCAAUUUAAAUUGUACAUCCACC